AUGGCGUUCUUCAAGAGCUUCCAGCUGCCGUCGGCGUCCUCUCUGCUGGACUCUGUGUCGGACGCCGUGGACGACCUGGCCUUCGCCGUGGGCGACGUCACGUACGCGGUGAGCGACCAGCUGGCGGGCCAGGUCAACGGCCUCCUGCAGAGGAGGCAGGAGGCGGAGGAGGAGCGGCAGCGGGAGGCGCAGCGGGCGGAGGCGGCCGAGAGGGCGGUGCGCGAGGCCGAGAGGGAGGCGGUCCUCCUGCGGGAGAUGCGCGCGCAGAGGCUGGCCUCCUCGGACUGCUCCACCGAGACCUUCUCCACCUGCAGCGACCUGUCGCAGGGCGCCGAGCCGGGCCGGGCCCAGAACCCCGCCGCCGGGGACCGGACCGGGCCCGCCGCCCCCGACCCGGAGGGCAGGGAGGAGGGGAGGGCGUCGGCCAAUGGGAGGGAGGAGGGGAGGCCGUCGGCCAAUGGGAGGGAGGAGGGGAGGCCGUCGGCCAAUGGGAAGGGAGGCGGGAGGAGGGCGUCUUCCAAACCCGGCGACCUGGCGAGGAAAGAGUCGAAAAGAAGGAGUUCUGGGAAAGAGAAGAGCUUCCCGGAGGGCGACCUGCAGGGCUCCUCCUCGGACAGCGAGGAUGAGGUGAUGGGGAAGUACCAGGAGGCGGUGUCGCGGUCGCAGGGCCUGCGGGGGGGGGACCCGCGGCUCCACCGCGGCUUCGGCUGGGAGACCCGGCACAAGUACAGCCCCCUGUCUGCGGAGUACGACGGGUACAGCAGCGAGGUCUCCACGGAGGAGGUGAACUGUAUCCAGAGGAUGCGUCGUACCCCCCCCCUGGACGAGCUGCAGCCCCCGCCCUACCAGGACGAGGACGGGUCGCCCCGCAUGUCCUGCACGCCCUCGGACCUGGGCGACGCCAAGUGUGAGCUGUCCCGCUGCAGCGACAGCCCCCGCCACUCCUACGGGAAGUGCCCCAGCGAAGCCAGCGCCGGCCAGGAGACCGAGAGCUACCUCACCAAGGGCUACGAGGAGGACGCGCCCAGCGACAGCACCGCUGUGCUGAGCCCCGAGGACAUGUCCGCCCGCGGGUCGGCGGGGCAGCUCCCGAAGGGCUACGAGCCGGAGCCGGCGGCGAAGUACGGCACGCUGGACGUGGCGUUCGACUACGACUCGGACGAGCAGCGGCUGAUGGUGACGGUGACGGCGGUGACGGACAUCCCCGCGCUGAAGCGCACCGGGAACGUCUCCUGGCAGGUGCACCUGGUGCUGCUGCCCACCAAGAAGCAGCGCGCCAAGACCGGCAUGCAGAAGGGGCCCUGCCCGGUGUUCACCGAGACCUUCCGCUUCAGCCACAUCGAGUCGGAGAUGAUCGGAAACUACGCCGUGCGCUUCCGCCUCUACAGCGUGCGCAGGAUGAAGAAGGAGAAGGCGCUGGGCGAGAAGGUCUUCUACCUCACCAAGCUCAACCUGCAGGGCAAGAUGUCCAUGCCCGUCACCCUGGAGCCCUGCUGCGCCCUGCCGGGCUGCGAGUCCCAGGUCAGCAUCUCGGAGGUGUCCUGCAGCGAGUCGGCCUCGUCCUGCCAGUCGGCGGGCCAGGGCUCCACGCCCGAGAUCCUGGUGGGCCUGGUGUACAACGCCACCACCGGCCGCCUCUCCGUCGAGGUCAUCAGGGGCAGCCAUUUUAAGAACCUGGCCGCCAACAAACCACCCAACACCUACGUCAAGCUGACCUUGUUGAACUCGAUGGGCCAGGAGAUGUCCAAGUGCAAGACGUCCAUUUGCCGGGGCCAGCCCAACCCCACCUACAAGGAGACCUUCGUGUUCCAGGUGGCGCUGUUCCAGCUGUCCGACGUGACGCUCAUCCUGUCCGUCUACAACAAGCGCAGCAUGAAGCGCAAGGAGAUGAUCGGCUGGAUCUCGCUGGGCCUCAACAGCUCGGGCGAGGAGGAGCUGUCGCACUGGACCCAGAUGAAGGAGUCUAAGGGCCAGCAGGUGUGUCGCUGGCACAGCCUGCUGGAGACCUAG